AUGAACAAACUAGCAAAUAUGCGGCAUUGGUCAGAGAGAAUGGGCCCUGGUUUUGGCAUGUCAAGGCAGCCAAAUAUGAGCAUGACUGCAAUGGCACCCCAACACAAAACAAUUUCUCAUGGUCAAACAUCCAACCUAUCUCCUAGUGCACCAGAUACUUCGAUCUACUACUCUUUCAACGUACCAUUUGCUUCUGAUCUUGCCGGUCCAAAUAUUGAAGAUAUUCUUUACGCCACAAAAGGCGCAGUGGAACGAUGGACACAUCCAGCUAACGCGCCAGAUGAUGUGCCAAUUCAUGAGCUACCUGUACACUCCCAAAAUGUCAUUGCAUUAAGAAAGAUGUGUCAUGAUAUUACGAUAGGGCCACUUCCAGUUGAGGCUCAUGUUAAAUCAUCAGAGCCCAAAAGGGUUAAGGGACAGGUUACCAAUGUCUGUCUAUCUGGAAGCCCGGAGUUAGUCCACAAAAGUCGGGAGACAAUUCUUAACGACACCCCGCUUGCACUGCGCUGUGCAGUUGUAGACGUUAAUGGUGAACUAAUAAUAAAUGUUGAAAAAACAGCUUUAAAAACAGCUGUUAUAGAUCACCUCGACUCUAUAUCCGAAUUUUGUGGCGUCGAUAUCUUCCUUCUCGGGCCAAAAUUUGCCUCUCUAACGGAGACACAGAAUUUAAUUGGAGAUGCUGGUAGAGAUCAGAGAUGGAGAGUCGCCAUUUACGGAGACAUGGAGAGUGCCGAGCACGCAAAGACUAGAGUUCUAAUAUUUAUCGAUCGAAUUUUGGGUCGAGUUGUUGACGGAACCAUGCUUGAGCUUUCUCUUCACACAGUUAUUUGUGGCCGGUCUCGAAAAAAUAUUAAACUAAUUGAAUCAUCGACAAACACCGCAAUUUACUUUCCUCCACCAUUCUCUCAGGUAUAUCGAUACUGCCCUUCCGGGGCCCAGAGACGAAAUCCUGAAGAGAUUUUUAUAACCGGUGAAACACCUCAAAGUAUUGCUCUGGCCAAGCAAAAGAUUCAUGACUUAGUCAAUCGAACAAGGAUUUUUAUGAAAGAUGCAGUUGUCUCAGCAUCAAAAAUUGACAGCAUUCUUCUUGGGAGGUUGGACAAGGUGCGCAGGAUCAUGGAGACAAAUGGAACGUUUAUUCAGUUUCCAGCCCUCGCUUCUCAACGAAACAUGAUACGUAUUCAAGGUACGGAAGGUCUCCAUGUUGAACGAACAGUGAGGGACGUCAUGCCUCUUACAGGUCAAUUCUAUAGUGCUUCAUGGUGGAUCCAACAAGCGGACACGUCUAGACUCCCUUCGCCAACAGAUAUCCGUACCAUGCUUUCCGAUAUCUGCGCGAACUCUGAUGCUGAUGUUUCAUUCGACAAACUAACUUUCACAAUAACUGGCUCUGAUGAUGCCGUAAAGGCAGCACUAAUGGUAAUUUCCGAGAUUAAGUUUGUAACAAGAUCACAGUAUCAAAUUCGAGUCAAGAUUGAGCUCGCUAAUGAGCACAAAGAGUUUGUCAGUGGAAAGAAGAAUGGAAAAAUAAACAAAAUAAUGGGUCAAAGCAGUGUUCAAAUCAUAUUUGAUGGAUUCAGUGAAUAUAAUUUCAAUAUUGACGUUUGUGCUGCAGUUUAUGAUACCAUGAAAACAGGUCUAGCUCUUGUCGAGCAAGAAAUGCCAGCUUCAAUCUCAUUCCAUGUACCAGAUCAGUAUCACAAACGCAUAAUAGGUAUUGGAGGGCAGCAUAUUCAGCGUAUUAUGAAGAAGCACUCUGUCUUUGUCAAGUUCUCGAAUGCCAUGGAGAGAGGUGGAGUUGGUCGAGAAGACGAUGACAUCAAGGUUGACAACGUUAUUUGUCGCACGCCUGCCCGAAAUGCACAGAACCUUGAGCUUGUCAAGUCUGAGAUAUUGGAUAUGGUUGACCGAGUUGACUCUGAAUUUACCUCUUCAACCGUUAAUGUUGACCGCUUAUACCAUCGACAACUAAUUGCUCACUUGGCACAGCUUGAAGAAUUAGAAAAAAAAUGGAAUUGUAAAAUUACCUUUCCUAGCACAGAGCAAGCUAGCGAUGAUGUUACUAUCUCUGGACCGGAGUGGCAAGUUCCGCAGUGUGUCGAUGAAUUCCUGGGAAUGGUUCCUGAUAACCAUGAACUGGUCCUAGCUCGUACUCCCGAAAUUAUGAAAUUCCUUGAGUCGAGCAAGUUUGGAGAUGACUUAGUCCCCAAGUUUAAGUCACAGUAUGUCGUUGACGUGAACAUUAUAAGGAGUGAGCACGAGGUAACUGAAGACGGAGGGCCAACCAUAACUCUUUUAUGGACAUUCACACGAAAUGUUGCUGGUGGCGUCAGAGAUGCCAUUGACUUUCUCCAUGCCAAUUUAGCGCUAGCUGGUAUUGAAACUACCACUGUCAAGGGUGCAAUUCCGCAUCCAAAGUCAGAUUCGUUUGAAGAUUCUCUCCCAUAUUUUGAUUCCAAGCUUCUUCAGCAUGCCCCAGCCUCAGUAAAAACCGACUCACCAACUAAAUCCUCAUUCAGCGAAGAUCUUGCCCGAGAGCGCAGCACAAUUUUCGACAGGCUCCGCAAGCCUGGCAGCAUGUCUUCAAUCUCCUCUUUUCUUGAUAGACGCAAGAAUAGCUCACACUUAUCGGCAACGUCAUUUUUUAAAAACGGAGGAUCUGGAAAUGUUUCCAAGUCAUCUUUGAUAUCUAUUGAGUCUAACCGCAGCUUCAAUGCCGAUCGAAAUCCAUGGAACGAUAGUGGAGUUAAUUUGCCUGAUGACGAGGCAUCAUCUUGGAAAACUCGACAUCUCUCUAGCGGAAGCAGCAGCAGCGGCGAGUUAAAAAACUUUUCUUUUCAGCAAUAUCCAGGUGAUGUAAUUGUAAGACACGGAAUGCGUGGCUCUACUGACAGUGGCCGUCCUUCUACUUCUAAUUCUAGCAACUCAAGAUACCCUAUUCUAGCCUCUCGUCCUUAG